AUGUCUUCAGAUAAGUUAUUUUUUUAUAUUAUAAAAAGAAACGAUAAUUUCGAAUUGACGGCUUUGUCAGAAAAUAAAUUAGCGUGGUAUAAUUUGCCCGAUGAUUAUAAAGAUUUGGCUGAACAUAAAGUUUUAUGCUCAAAGCGAGUGAUAAAAAAUACAAUUAUGACAAUAAAACCGAUUAAUGGUUACCGCAAAAUUGGCAUAACGAUUGAUGACGAAUUAAGAAAAGAAUAUUAUGACGAAGACGGCAAUUUAUGCUUUUUAAACAUGCCACUAGAAGAAGCUAAUAUAAGUAAUGAACACGUGGUUGCUGAUAAAUCGGAUGAGAAAAAUUUUUUAAUCGAAAAAAUUAAAGAAUUGGAAGCGAAAUUAAAUUUAGAUAAUAAAUUUAAAUUGCAUGAUGUUGAAAAAAGGUUUAUUUUAGACAAAUUUAAUAAAAGUCAAAAUGUUAACGAUUGGCUAGAAAAAUUUGAAAACGAGUGUAUAAGACACAAAAUAUUCGACGCUACCAAUAUGAUAGAAGCACUUCGAUUUUUUUUAUCGGGUUCAGCAGAAAAUUGGUACGACGCAAAUAUAAUAAAAAUUGGUUUAACUAAUUGGUCAGAAUGGAGAGCAUCGUUUCUCACAGUAUUUGCUGAUAAAGGUUGGAAAAAAAUAAGAACGGCAUACAAUUUUAAAUAUCUAGGCGGUUCACUAAUAGAUUAUGCUUUAGCCAAGGAAAGCUUAUGUUUAGAAGCUGAAUUAAACGCCACUACGAUAUCAAGAAUAAAUAUGAUCGUCAUCGGCUUACCACUAGAAAUUCAGAACCAACUUGACCGUGAAGAAAUCACAACGAUUGAAAAAUUGUACAGAGAAUUGCGAAGACUCGAGGAAAGCAUUCACAUAAAACAAAGAUUCCGAAACAAUUCUUCAGACAAAGAAAAUACAAUCAAAACAAAUGCGUAUAUACAAAAGAACAAUGCAGAUACUAAAAUUAAGUCAGAAAACCAAAAAGCAAGAUAUGGAAUUCAUUCUUUGAAUAAUGAAACUAUAAAUAAGUCAAAUUUUGCUACAUCAGAAAAAAAUAUUUAUCCAAAAAUAAAGUCAAAUUUUAAUACAUCAGAAAAAAAUAUUGAUCCAAGAAUUAAGAAACCAUGUUUUAUAUGUGAAGAACUAGCCUGUCCAUAUGACAGUACUUUAAAAAGUCCGCUCUUUAGGGGCAAUUUAACACAGAAAACAGUUCCGUGCCGAGUAAUAUUGCCCGCUACUCUUCACUGUCCGCUUUUUAGGAUCUCGCUCUUGAGGACUUUUACUGUAUCCACACAAUGA